AUGGCUUGCUCACCUGCAUGCUCGGGGCAGCGGAAUGGGACCGUUACGCCUACCAGCGGCGACUGUUGCGCUUAUUUCGACCGCGAGGCGACCAACGCUCGACAUCGUUGCGGUGUGCCGAAUCUGAUUUUCUUCAUCCUCAUACACUGGAUGAUCUCCGAGAGCUUUUUCUUCAUCAAUAUGCAAGGCUACAGUGUCCACAAUGUCAAAAUCAAGAGUACCACUAAGCGCGGCAGCUGUUUUUCGGCUCUGCCAACCUUUGUGGCGUGGAUUGUACUCGCUUCACUAGGACUGAAGAAAUUCAAGACCCAGGCUCCACUGGUCACGCAUUGCAGUGCCGCUGUUAGUGCAUCUUGUCAUCCUCCCCCAGAUGAUGCAGACGCCGCUUUCAAGCCCAUUAUGUGGGGAGAAGUGAUUCGACAAGAAGAUGCACCAGGAGAAGGAGAGUGGAUUGAUUGUGAUUAUCGGGGCAGGCAGAGCUGCCAACGGAUAGUGAACCAGGGCUAG